AUGAGACCAAGCCAACAAAGCUCGCGUCCAUCCAUCCAGCCGGGAGGAGCUCAGACUGGGAGUCGACCACCACAGAACAGAAAUGCUGACUUCAUCUGUACGUUGAAGUACUCGAAUGCGUUGCCCGAUUUGCCGUUUAGCGGGAAAUUCCUUCCGUGUCCUUUCGUUUCACUCGAUCGAUUCGUCGAGUAUAAAGCGACCCAAUUGGAGAAAGAGCAUCGCUUCGAGGUGCAAUCAGAAGCGGAUGUUGGAGUGAAAAUUGAUUUGAUCGAUCCACUCACGUACUCGAUUCCCGUCAGACCAUUGGAGUUAAAUCAAACGGACGCAAUUCUCGUCUCCGAUGAAACAUCAGGAGCUUUGAAUAAUUCACGAUCUCUUCAACACUCGAAAGUGGUGCCAUGGAUGAGAAAGACUGAGUAUAUCUCAUCCGAAUUCAAUAGAUUUGGUGUCACAGCGAAUCGUCAAGAAACUCGCGUUGGUUACAAGAUGCAAAAAAACAAAAAAGACGAGCUAACCUAUCAAGAUCGACAAUCAAAAGUUGAUGCGAUUGCGAAGACAUUUGUUGACGUCAAAAAGAAGGUCACCAAGCAUUACAACAAGAAAGAUGUGUAUGCAGUGGAAGAGCUUCCAUUGUUGCCCGAUGUUGAGCUCUGGAAGUACUCAUUUGCUUUGGUGCAAUUCGACGCGGAUCCAAGUCCAUCGGGUGUCAACGAGACGAUGAAAAAGACCGUGAUGGGACAAGGACAGAUACGCGGUAUGCAAGACGCGUCUGGCGAGCAAUUCGUCACUUAUUUCUGCCCUAACGACGAGACAUUGCAAAAGAGAUACGAUGAUAAGGAAAAGAAAAGAUUAUACGAUCCAGAAAUGAUUUACGAGUAUCCACAGUGUCGCGAGUACACAUGGAACGUUCGAAACAAGGGAACGAAAGGGUUCAUUCAAGACAGUUAUUUCUUCUCUUUCCGCGAUGAGGGAAUCUACUACAACGAGCUGGGCACGAGCGUGAAAUUGACGCGAAGAAAGCACACAAUGCACAAGAGAGCUGUGCUUGCGUUGACUCAUUGUGAACCAUCUGAGGACGAGGUGCUGCAAUUGGAUCAACGGCUGGCGACUUUACUGCAACGAGGAGUAGAAGAAGAUGAAGCGGACGGAGAAGAGAGUGACGGAAAUGAAUCGGAUGAGGAGAAAUCGGAUGAAGAAGAUGAUGAUGAGGAGAAGGAUGAGGAGAAGAAUGAGGAGAGUGAAAAGGAGAGUGAAAAGGAGGAGACACCGCCGAGAAGAGGAGGAGCAUCGGCUGAGAUUGUUUCGAAGAAUGAAUCAAGUACCGAUGACGAUGACUCUGAU